AUGCUGAAGCAUGUAAGGCAGUUGGGGAGGAGCACAAAUGCCUUGGGGCCAGCUGCCUGCCAAUUGACAAGGCUUGGAUGCCAAAGUCUUUUGGAAGGCUUGGAAAAGCUGCAGACUGCCCCUGGCCCAAAUGCUGACCCUGGGGAUGCAGAGGUGGUGCCUGAGAACCCAGGGGCUGAACAUGUGGAGCAGGCAGAGGAGGAGCAGAGGCUUGCCUGCAAUUUUCAGAAGCCCUCUUGGAAAAGAGGCAAGCUUGAAGAAGCCUGCUGCAUCUCCCCAGCUUGCCAACAGAAGGCCAAGAGGGCCCACAAACAGUGGAGUGCCUUGGAGCAGGCAGACCCCAGCUCCCCAAGCCACUUGGUCAGCCAUCUGGAAGCCUUGGAAAAGGCCAAGGAUUUGGGAAAGUCCAAGGCCAAGCCCAAGGCCAAGGCCAAGGCAAGCCAGAGAAAGGACUUGGAAAAGUCCAAGGCAGUGGGUUUGGACAAGCCUACUGCCAAGCCCAAGGUGAUGGUUGAUUGGCACCAGACCUUGGAGAACUCUGGCAGGGUCAGCAGUGAAGACCUCUUUGCUUUGGAGCAACUCCUGGACAAAAGCUGA